UUCUGUUCUAAAAUAUCUCACUGCAGAGGAUAAUUUGAACUUUAAAGUCACAUGAUGAAACCAUAGGUUUGCUAAACAUGCAACGUGUAUGGUUUGAAUGACUUAAACCAAGUUCCUGUUUCCUUUACAGAACUGUAUGUUUUUGUAGUCAGCGAGCGUCUGGAUUUUUCAUCUUGAUGUACAGCAGCUAAAGAAGUUAUUGUAAUAUAUACACCCAGCUUUCUACAUAAAUAAAAAGGGCUAUAUGCUCCAAACAAUAAUUGUAUUUCAUCUGACUAUUCACGGUGAAGUCUCAGCCCAUUGUAUCUGUGGAGCAUUUUCUUGAAAAGUUUCAAACUCCAUUGAACAGGAAAUAAGCACGGUGUAGAAGGAAGGAUGACUUCUCACAACAUGACAUGGAUCAGCUACCCAAGCAAGAACUUGGCUUUCAUCUCCCCAGAAGAAAUUGAAGGCUUCAUAGCUUCUCAAAACAUCAUAUCAAGACUUAUGCACUGUUAUAUCGCCUUUUUUGUACCAACAGGCUUAAUAGCUGGCAUAUGUAUUUUGAUUGUUUUCAUAAAGAAUUAUUUGCAGUACAAAGUCAUAGAAAAUUUAGACUUACUUCUUCUACACUUCACCAUCAGCAAUAUUAUAAUGAUUUUUUUCUCAUUUACUGUCAUUACUAGACCUGACUACUUAAAAGCAACCCACUACACGUGUAACGUACUGUCAUUUUUUUUCAACUUCAGUUAUUUCAAUUCUCAGUAUGUUUUGAUUUUGACGCUUCUCAUACUAUUACUCAAGAGAUUUCCACCAAGGACUGCUCUUAGCAAAGCAACGCAAAGACCCAUAUUGUGUGUUGGAUUUGUACUUAUAUAUGCCUUCUGUUUGUCACUGACUGAGGCAGUACUGGUUGGCGCAGAUAACUAUCACUUGGAAACAGACUGCCAGUUAGAUCCAUUAUUUGCAUGGCCUGAAUAUGAGAUCAUUAAAUUCACCUUUGGAUUUGGAAUCCCAUCAUUUCUUCAGAUACUCUGUUUUACUGUUCUCUUCGCUAAAAAAGCGCCUGCUGAAGCUCCAGCCUUACAACAGCACAUUCGUACUUACCCUGCUGCGUACAUUAUAAGCAUAACAAUAUUUAUAUGCCACCUAUUUUAUAACAUCAUGAUUCUCUUCAGGACAACACUCAAAUUACAGAAGAGCAUUGGAACUCCAAAGAAUGAGCUUGUGAUGAAUAUUGCAGAAAUAGUGUUGUUCUGUGACAGCUGUGUUAGUUUGGUAUUUAUACUUUGUUUUCAUAAACCAUGCAAGGAUGAAAUACUUAAAGUCAUACAGAACUGCCGAAGGGAAAACACUGCCAACAAUCACCUUGAAAUACCAGUAACAACUAUGACCCAUGAAAGUGGGUCUCAGUAAUACUUCCUGUUCUGAAGAACUGUCAAUCCACUUUACUUUUGGUUUUGGUUUGGUUUUUUACUUUUUCAAAAAAGGAUAAUUGUUCCUUCUUUAGAACCCAAACUUGGACUAUCUUACAGAUAGCAGUGCUGGAAGAAAAAAAAAAAAAGACAUUUAGUUCUAGUAUUUGCAGUGAUCUAUAAGAAUACAUGCAGGGUCUGGGGUUGUUUGGUUUGGGUUUUUUUUUUUUCCAUAUAUAUAUUUAAAUCACCUAUUUUCUGCAAGUGUUACUUCAAAGCCAAGUAGAAAGAAAAGUACUGUUGCCAUAGAGGUGUGCUUUUGUAAUAAUAACAAUUCCCCAGCAAAGAUGCAAACAAAAACAGCAGAAAGCAACUUUGAACAAAGGUAAAAAUCUGCAGCCAAAGCAUUUUCCCAGGUGUGCUUCCUCUUUUGACUUCUUACUUUACAAACUACUUAUUUUUAUAACAUUGGUAAAUUCCAGUAGCAGCAGCAGUGAAGUAUGGCUUAAGACCCAUUAGGAUUCUGAAAUAGUAUGUGAUACUGUAAGUCUGCUCUUACAUUUUUUUAUAUUACAUAUAUAUACAUGCACACAGACUAAGCUUUUUUGCCUUUUUCCAUUUUCCUCUUCUACUUUUGUUUGAACCCUUAAGGUUUUUGUCUCAACUCUUGUGCCAAAAAAAAGGAAGAUUCAAAUUAAUGGAAACACUGGUCCAUAAAGGAAAGCUUCGGGUCCUUUGUGAGGCACUGAACUGGAACAAUCAACAGGAUGGCUAAUUAAAAUUUUGUGCAAGAAUGAAAGCUUUUUGUUAAUGUACUCUCAGCUUCAACUUUGCAUUAAGACUUACAGCAAUUAUUGAUUUAAGCCAUUCUUGAUGAGUUCAUUCAGAAGUAUGAAGUUGCAUGCCUUGGAAGAGUCACAUUCAAUAACAUACUAAAAAAAAACAGAAAACAAAACAAAACAAAAAAAACCCACCAGAAAAGCCAGCACAGAACAGUAUAACUAAGGCAUGUUUUUAAGAAGGCAACAAAAGCCGAGCCCCAGUUCCAAACUGAAAUCAGGGCUCUGCUGGAGACAAGAUAGGAGCAUCAUACAGUUAGAUGAGAAUUCAUAAAUGGUGCAAAAUGGGGAAAAAAAUCUGAAUCAGAGAAUAAAACAGCUGUGAUAGAAGUUCAGAUGUAACCCUGCAGAAUCAGUAGCCAAUGCAGGCUGAGAUGUAGGUGCAGAGUUUUAAAUGCUUGCUUUGAGCACAUUGUUACUGUAACCGAAUUUGGCCAGGAGCCAUCUUACAUAUUUGGCUCCAGUUUCAGCUCUUCCUCUCAUAGAGGUGGAGAGAACGGAAACAACAGGGAAGGCACAAAAUCGUACUAGAUCUUGGAUAAAUACAUAGACUUAGAUUGCAAAGUUAUAAAAACACAGUGAUGUGACAAGGAAGGCUUCUGAGAAAAGCCACUUUAAUGCUUAAAUAUGUGCCUUUGCAUGACACCUGGAUGCUAAUGGAACUGCUAGAUUUUUUUUGCAGUUCUAUGCUUCGGAAGGUCUUCCUGACGGGGUCCAGAUUUGCGUGGAUGGCUGGUGCAAAUCAGCAUGGACUGCCUAAGACAGAGAAAAGUGAGCACUGAUUGAUCAAGAGGAACACCUUCCGCAAAACAACAGCCAAGUGCAUAAAUGGAAGAAUAAAAGACAUUUGUUCAAUAAUAAUACAGUAUGUAGAUCUAGUAUCUAGAUAUAUGGAUCUAGUCUUACACAUCCAAGUCCUGAAGUUUAUGGACCAUGACUGUAUCACAUGCAAAUAAAGGGCAAUAUGUAGACUAUGACCAUAAGGAUCAACAUUUCUGCAAGAUGUAAAAGUCAACUGGUAGGAUGUCUGCAUUGUAUAAUGUCAGCCUGUUUUCCAGUUCAAUUUUGUUCUGCUGCCAGCAUGAACAGAUGGAUAAUUAAAGAACACUACAUAUAAACAGAUUAUAGAACCUGGUCAAAAAAGAAGUACAUAGAUAAGAAUGAUCUCUUUGAAUACAAGAGCCAAUUUCAAACUUGUGAAAGGAUUUCUCAGCUGGCAUCAGAGGUUUUGUUUUGUACCUGAGACGAGGGAGAUUCAACAACAUGGACCAAAGAUCAGCCCUGCAGAAAGAAGUUUGAAGAGAAGAGUUGCAAGAGCUGUACGUCGGUGAAAAAGCUGACAGACUGAGUGAAAGAGUAUGUCAGAAGAUGCAAGCUGUUUAUCCCAAUUCAGACAGAGUAUCAUAGCUUCAGCUGCGCCAUGGAUAAGUAGGUUAUCUUCUAGUAUGGGAAUUAUGCACAAAGGAUUCUACUUUAUUCACUGCUUCCAUAUAUUUUAUAUUUGAGGAUGAAAGAAUAAAUAUUGUGCUGUUUGAGUCCUGAGUUACUGUUAAAGGUGCCUAAAAGAAAACCUAGUCAGUAAAUGUUGGCUCUAGUUAAUGUUGGCUGGGACUUGGAAACUGGUCUAAUGGUGAGUGAAUCACAAUAAUGCACCUUGUAAGGAGCCUGAAGGUUCAACAUGGGUGGAAGGAUGCUUCAUGAUACUCUCAGCAAGGUACACAGCUAAAGCAGAACCAUAACCAAAUGUCUCAGAGAAAUAAAACCUGCAGGGGCCUACUGUCAGGUCUAGGAUUUGGGAACGAGUACGUCUUGUCAAGAAUGAACUGCUAUGUAUAAGUCUGAGUACUUCUGGGUAUAGCUUCUGGCUGCCAUCUGUGAGAUCCGAGCGAAUGUACUCUGGUCUAUUCCCUGUCCACGGCUACUGUCGUGGGAAAAAACAGAGUAUUUUCUGGAUGGCUGGUAAUAUAGUCAUAAAGGAAUCUCAAUGUACAAUGAAAAGACUUUGUAACUGAAUAGGAGAAAACAAAGGUAAACGGGAGAGAAGAGGUUGAAAAAUGCAGAACAGUAAUUCAGAUAGUUAUUAAUAUAACUUACAGUAAUACAGAAAUGUUUUGUUAAAUCAUUCUUGAUAAAGUUAUUCAGAGCUUACAUUAAAAUUCAGGACAAGGAAUGUGCAGUUCUAGAGAAAAUCUACUUGCAUCCACCUAGAUGGAAUAUGGUCGCAAACACCCCUAUGUGCAGUAGGGGAAGGAACAGAAACAGUCCCCAAAAGGCAUUCUAAAUAGUCUGAUACGAGGAAGAAAAGAACAGCUUUGGCUAAGAUUAAAAGUAAUAAUUUUUAAAUUAUUAAUAAUUUGAAGUGUAUUUUCAAGAACCAAAUAAAAUCUCCCUGCUCAGAGAGAUUUUUUUUUUCCCCUAUACCAGCAACAGCUUUGUUGAACACUUACUUCUUCCAGGCUUCACCUAGUUUUGAACAGUAUGUUCCAGCAGAAAUAGAGCAUAUAUUUUUAUAGGCAUGCUGUCAAAAUUAACUAAAGGAAUAUACUGGAAAAUUCAAAGAAGAAUAUUUUACUUCUGUACUGGUAAUAUUUGUAUCUUUCUAAGACUUUGGCCUGCUUUUGAAAAAACCCUUCCAUUCAGUAGAAGAAGAGAAAUCAGCAGGCUGCCUAAGUUUAAGCAUGAAUUUGAGUUGGUAAUGUGUUUUGGAAAAGAACAUGUAGAGAGUAAGGACUCAUCUUUGCUGAACCAGCUGGCUCAAAUUUUAUCUGAUCCCAUUGCAAAACAACAUCUGAGCUAAAGAGAGACUGGAUUUGCACACUUGAAUCAUAACUCAAGCUGCUACACCCCUAUAUGUAUUACUAAGCCUGGCCUUAGUUACAUUCUGAUUUCAAACCUAAAGACCCUGAAAGGGCUACAGCAUUAUUUAUCUCAGUUUUGAGGUAGUUGCAGAAGAUCUGGGGUACGGUGAAAGCUCAAGCAGUUCAGCCAAAAUAAAUCCUCUAUGUAAUGUUUACACCAUAUAUGUUGCAUGACAAAUUGAUUCACUAAUGGCUAGAAUGAAAGAAUACAUUUCACUUCCAUGGUGCAAGUGUCCAGCAAAGGACUGCCAGACUCAACUACUAAAGUAAAAACAAGUGAUACUUUAUGAAUUUUAUUUUUUAGUCGCGUUUGGAUAGAGCCUGAAGUCCUAUGAUCAAUCAUCUUUCACUACACAACAUUUUGUGGUCCAAUUUUGUAAAAUUUUUAUAUUAUCCCCCAAGAGUUUUGUGAUAUGCACUUUAAGAAAAAUUAAAAGUUUUUACCAGAAUAGUUUGAAUGGAUACAGGUGUUGUCCCUGCAAAAGAAAAGGCUGAACUUUUAAAAAUUAUUUUUAGUAAAAAAAUGCAUUCUCAGAAUUAUUGGCAACUGAAAAAGCCUAAACACACAAAAUACAAUCUAUCCAAGGUUUUCUGCAGGCACAGAACACAAUUAAUUCCAACUGAAACUAAGUUUGAUUAUUUGCAAGACAGGGAAAGUUACUGAGGCUGGACAGGAUAAAGUAUGAGGGUGCUUUAGAACAGAGUAAUGGAUGCAGACAGAGGUCAUUCAGUGGUUAAAAAAAGGUCAGAGUCAGCAUCCAUGCUAAUAGAAAGUUGAGAGAGAAUUUGGAGGAGGAGAUGAAUCUGCUUGCAAAACUUCAUGAACUUCAUUGCAACAGCAUCUGUAUUUCCUCUGGACAUAAUUUCAAUAGAGAUUCUUAAACGAAUCUUAUUUCUUCUGCAUAUGGUUAUGUUACACUGUAAGCAUUCCAACACAAUUUUAAUUUAUGCUUCCUUCCCCUUCCAUGCAGUACAGUACCUUACUUUCUUUCAGCUUUAUACACCCUGGCCCUGAUCUAAUUUCUCCAGGACUCAACAGCUUCAUACCCAAAGCACUUCCACACUUCUGACAGAAUCCAACAGCUCUUACAUCCUACAGGGCUUAUCCUGCUUAUCGUCCAGCUGGAGAGGCUGCCGUAGAGUGGUGGCUCAAGAGCUGUGAUACACCAGACCUCUUACGUUGUUCUCUCCUAUACUCACACCUCCCACUUUCUUCCUCUUCAGCUGUCACCCUUUUGCAACACAAUAGCAGGCACAUAUGUCGAAGUCUGCUAAAUUACACAGAAUAUCUUCUAUUAGGUAUAUAUUGACUACUACAGAUUUAAAAAUAAACUGCUAGGAAAACUUUAAAUGCUGGAUUAUUGAGGUCUGACAUCAUAUGAAUGCUAUCGCACCAGUUGCUUUCACACGUUCUCAGCAACAAUCGAGAUAAGGUAUGUCAGGCUGAACUGUAAUACUUAAUACUCUCACAACUGUGACUAAGUAUGGAUCAUUAAGGCACUCCCUAUAAAGUCCCCAUGGAAUAUCAGCAACUGACAGGGAAAGAAAAAGGGUACAAUGUUCAGAAGCUGCUAAAAUUAGUUUUAAGUAUUUUGUGGAAUAUGGAAGUGAUGAACAGUGAGAUUAAGAUAGAUUAAUCAGUAACAAUAAUUUGACUGCAUAAACAAGAGCCUGAA